GUCCGAUUUCGCGCCAAAUUUUCCCGCUGCCAGCCGGGGCAGCCGGUCGACUUGUCAAUUCUUGUCUGUUGGGUCAACGAUUUCUGUGCAUCGUGCUUUGUUUCUACGUGAUAUCUUUAUAUUUUAAGAAUAAAACACAAUGUUCGAAGCACGCCUCCUGAAGAGCUCCAUCCUCAAGAAGGUGCUGGAAGCCAUCAAGGACCUCCUCACGCAGGCGACAUUUGAUUGCGACGAUAAUGGUAUACAGCUACAGGCUAUGGACAACUCUCAUGUGUCUCUGGUGUCCCUCACACUCCGAGCAGACGGCUUUGAUAAGUACAGAUGUGACAGAAACAUCUCCAUGGGCAUGAAUCUUGGCAGCAUGUCAAAGAUCCUCAAAUGUGCUGGUGAUAAGGACACAGUGACGAUGAAGGCACAGGACAACGCUGACACUGUCACCUUCGUGUUUGAAAGCCCCAACCAGGAGAAAGUUUCUGAUUACGAGAUGAAGCUGAUGAAUCUUGAUUUGGAGCAUUUAGGUAUUCCUGAGACUGAAUACAGCUGCACAAUCCGCAUGCCGAGUGCGGAAUUCGCGCGCAUUUGUCGCGAUCUCUCACAGUUUGGAGAGUCCAUGGUCAUCUCGUGCACUAAAGAAGGUGUGAAGUUCUCGGCGACCGGCGACAUAGGGUCAGCGAACAUCAAGCUGGCGCAGACUGCAAGCGUAGACAAGGAGGAGGAAGCGGUCGUCAUCGAGAUGGACGAGCCCGUCACGCUCACCUUCGCCUGCCAGUACCUCAACUACUUCACUAAGGCCACCUCGCUUAGUCCACAGGUACAACUGUCAAUGUCAGCCGACGUGCCUUUAGUGGUAGAGUACCGUAUUCCCGACAUCGGCCACAUUCGCUACUACUUGGCGCCAAAGAUCGAAGAGGAAGACAGCUGAACAAUUAGUGUUAAGUGUUACUUUAUCAUGUACUCCGUAUCUGUUAAUUCCCGCCCGUCAGUGCCUAUCAUGUCUUACUUCUGUAUUAUUUAACUAAUUCUAUACACUGUGUGUAUAGCAGGAAAUUGUGAUAGAUGGAUGUUGAAGAUUGUAAUGUUGUAAACGGCAAAUAAACAUAAUUUUUGUAUUACAA